AUGUUUGCCAAGAUCGCCGUCAUUACUUGUCUUGUCGCCAUGGCCCGUGCUGGAGCUCUCCUAAACGCUGGCUACGGAUCCAAUGGAUACGGGGGUUAUGGCGGUUAUGGCAGUUAUGGUGGUUAUGGCGGAUAUGGUGGAUAUGCUGGAUACGCUGGACAUGGCGGUUAUGGCGGGUACAGCGGAUAUGGAGCUGGUGGUUCUGCUGUCUCCCAUGUAUCGGUGGUCAAGGAAAUCUCUUCUCCAGCCGUUAAUUAUGCCCACUCGUAUCCAUCGGUCGGUUAUGGCCAUUCCUAUGCCCCAGCUGUGUCUAGCGUUUCACAGUACCGUAUCCACGCCCCUGCUACUGGAUACGCCUCCUCAGCCUAUGGUGGUUACGGAUAUGGCAACAAUUACUGGUAA